AUGGGGGUUGAUAAAGGUGAGAUUUUUGACCAAAAUUUAUUUAAUUUCAGUAAAUUAGGGUUAGAUGAAACCAUAAAUGUUACUCCUUUGAAUAAAUUUCAGUCUGUGUUAGAUAUGGAAAUUGAAAAAAAUUCAGUAGAGAAAACAUUAGAAAGAACUCCAGUAACUAUAACACCACCAAUUCAAGCUUCGGUUUCGCCGGAGCUUCAGCAUGGAGCUUCUUCCAUGGUUGGUGGUUCCACUACAGGGUCUUGUUAUGCUGCUGGUCAUGUUUUAUCAGGUGUACCUGAUAAAAGGAAAUGUAGGCCUAGAGGGAUUCUUACAGUAGGUGAAGAACUGGGGUUUGAGAGUUUUCAGUUGUCUAGUGAUGACAAUGUGUCAAGUUCGGGGAAGGGUCGUAGAGUGUCAUUGGUUCCGACGCCUAGUGGAGUGUCGAUGCGGUGGUUGUUGUCGCCUUGCAAAGAGGAAGAAGAUAAAAUGGACAAUUGUUCGCCGAAUGCCUCAGCUGAAUUUAGAAGGAGAAUGGGUCCAACGCCAUUUCAAUCACUUUCUUCGCCGUCUUCAGAUGUUUGUUUGAAAAGUAAUGGUAGUAGUAAAACUAGUUCUCUUGUUAAGAUGGAUUCGUCGAUUUCACCAAUUGAAUUGUCUAAGUUUGAAGGUUCUAGUGAUGUUUCUCCGUCGAUUUUUCAAGUUCGACCUGAUGUUGAGCAUCAUUUGGUUUCUUGUUUCUCACCGUCUUCGUUUGCUGAUACUACUACUAUUACACCUAGUAAAAGAGUAGAAGAGAGUUCACCAUUGUCUGUAGACUCUUUGGAUAGUCACAAUGCAAUUUGCACUCCGGAAUCUGAUUCAAGCUCGGAGAGACGGAGAUUUUCCUGGAUGCAGAAUGUUGUGGAUCACCGUGAGUCUCGGUUUGAAUUUGAUCCAUUGGCAGAUGUUUUCCGAACGAAAAGUUUGUCUCCUAGUGGUAGGAGAACGAGUUGGGAUCCAGCCGAUGUUUUACCACUCCCUGGGUUGAAUUUUAAGCUUCAUGAUACUAUGAUGGAUCCAAUAUUAGGUGUCUCAAGUUCCAGUUUCAGAGAUUCAGUUGACUCCCAAUUGAGAGUAUCAUGGAGAGAAGGACUAGUUAGUCGGAUAUUCGAUAUGGAUGAGUUGGAUUCUUAUAGAUGGUUAUCAGAUGAAGCGGAGGAAGUUAGUCUUUCUGGGAAUAAACAGUUCAGUUCUGCAGAUUUGGAUUGUGAAGUUGAUAUGAGUCUUGAAUCUCUUGAUGGCGAGUUAGUUAACAUUACUAAAUCACCUGAAUUUCUCUCUGAAGAACCUGAAAUUAUCGGGAAAAUCAAGCUCAACUCUCCUCAGAAACCCAGAUCUUGUGCAGAGUCAAUGAGCACGGAGGGAGGAGGAUUAAUCGCUUCAGGGGAUUCAGAUUGGACUCAAUGUUACAAAAACCGUUUGUUUCAAGGAUAG